CGAUUCCCAGUCUUGAAGGCUGCAUAUGGAAGUUGUCCUGGCGGUGGUCGCCUGGAAGAGCCCGUGGGAGCCUGUAGUGGUGGAAUGUGCUGCGCGAAAUUUGACUUGUGCUAGUGUAAACACGGGAACACAGAGGACUACCUCUUAAGUUGUACUGAAUCGUCAACAACCAACAGAUACCAAAGACCUUUAGAAGCUACGAUGGGACUGAGCGCGGGCGUGUAACGAAGGGAUCACUAGCCAGAGAAUUUCCAGUGUUGACUGUGGCGGCCAUCUUGAGCUGGCCAUGGGCGGGAGGUGGUAGCGUGAGACGUGAGGCGCGCGGACGUGUGUUUGUGGCGACGGUGGUGUAAAGUCGGCAAGGUGGAGACUCCAGGUAUCAUAUCGUCCCUGUCUAAAGUGUUCACCAUGGGAACGGUGCUCAGCUUCAGCCCCAGGGAGCAGAAGCCCUACUAUGGCGACUACACCCUCAAUAACCACAAUUACGAGACGCUCAACAACGUCCGUAAUAAGGAGAAGGUUGUCAACAAUGAAAAUGCCAACAUUCUCAGCGAGAAGAAUGCUCUGGAGAGAAACUUUAAGAAACACUCGUUAUUCAUCAAUGCUCUCAGUUGGAAGCGCUUCUCCAACACAAACAAGAAGAAGCUUGACAACAAAAACAAAAACUUGACCUUGCGUCAGCCGUUAGACAACAUCCACCCGUUCAUUGACAACAACAAAAACAUCCAGAAGGCCCUGUCCUGCUACAAUAUCCGGCCCAGCUCCAUGGGCCAGCUGGACCUGGUGCGUGUCAACAACAACAAUGCCCACACCCCGACAGAGAAGCUGCCUCCCAAGGCCACCCUCACCUCCGCGCCCUCCACACAUACCCACGACCUCCGCAAUGCUCUGGUGCCCUCCCGUCCUCCGCCCCACCACCAGCACCACAAACCCCAGCACCAGCAGCAGCAGCAGCACCCAUCCCAACUGGGGCCAGUGUUGGCACCCUCCCUCUCCACCAGCAGCAGCAUCAGCAGCGGCGGAUGCGCCUCCAACGCCACCACCCCUACUGGUGUCAGUCCCACCAAGAAGACAGUGAUCCAGGCCUCUACCUCAGAACUGCUCAAGUGCUUGGGUCUCUAUCUGCACCGCACCUGCUCCCGCUUGAGGGACUUCCAAGCAGGCGACGCCGUCAUGUGGCUCAGGACAGUCGACCGUUCCCUCCUGCUGCAGGGCUGGCAGGAUAUCGCCUUCAUCAACCCGGCCAACGUGGUGUUCGUGUACAUGCUGGUGCGGGAGCUGGUGAGCGAGGAGGUCCACAGCGAGCAGGAGCUGCAGGCGGUCGUCCUCACCUGCCUCUACCUCUCCUACUCCUACAUGGGCAACGAGAUCUCCUACCCGCUCAAGCCCUUCCUAGUUGAGGAAGACAAGGACCGCUUCUGGGACCGCUGCCUUUUUAUCAUCAACACCCUCAGCGCCUCCAUGCUCAGGAUCAACGCUGAGCCUUCAUUCUUCACGGAGGUCUUCACCGAGCUCAAGGCCUGCGGACAACAGCAGCAGCAACAGCAGCAGCAGCAGGUGUUAAUGACACAACAGGUGGUUGUGCAGCAGCAGGUGCCACUGGCGGUGCCGCAGCAGCCGCAACAGACGGCAGCUUGAGGGGCGUAGGGCAGGGCAAGCGCACACUCAUACUUAGUAGGGAGACUGCUUUGUUGUUGCUGGGGGCAUGACCUGGGCCUAGCUGCACACAUGGGCCUGUGGAAACACCUUGGGAGAUACUGGCCACAUUCAGGGGUCGACGGGAACCCAAGGGAGCGUCCAGAGGAAUGGGGAAUGAUAAGGGGAGCUCAUGCCAGGUGAAUGCUGGCUAGGGACCUGUAGGUAAGGCCUCAGGUGAACAGGGCCGCCCUUUGCGUCUUCCAAGACGACCAUUCAUAACCUGCGUCGCACCAUGCCGCGUCCAGGGCUCCCUCAUGCGCGCCCGUGCGCCUCACAACCUCUAGUCAGAGAUCAUCUAGUCACAACCCGUAAAACAAUUGAUAUGGGGCCCCGUAUAAUGUUCUCCAGGCGUAGCUAUGGCCUCUUCCAGCAUGUAUACCAUCUCCCGGCACCCUGGUUGCUGGUUCAGUCAGGUCUGCUAGACUCACGCAGGUCUUGCUGGUCCCAGACAGGACUUACUGGUCUCAGGCAGGUCUCACUGGUUUCAGGCAGGUCUUGCUGGUCUCGUGCAGGUCUUGCUGGUUUCAGGCAGGUUACACUACCAGGGGUCGCACACUAAACGAGUCUCUCUAGAGGUGUCGCUGGUAGUGGUCCUCGUCUACAAGAUAGUGUCAGUAGCAAGGACUGUUUAAAAGGGUCGGGGAAAGCAGUAAGGGUUGACAGCAUAUGAAACCAAAUCAACAACAUAUGCUAGGCUGUGGAGGGCAAUGACUUGUCAAAGUUUUCAUAUCAGACCUAAAACGUUGUAGGUGGCCAGUAGCUGGAGAGAGAGACCACGUCCCUGGACUAGUCAGACCCUAUAGGCUUGGUCUAGGCUUGUCUGGCCAUUGGAGGAUAGCGCCCCCUGGCGGGUAGUGUCCGGUCAGCCAGUAACUUUGCCCAUUACUGGUCAACAAACUCAUGUGCUCAAUGACCCUCGGCCCGGCCUACACAGGCAAGCAGGAUAUAAUUGAGUAACUUCCUGUUUAGCUAGAGUCUGAUUAUUGUCAGGUGAGCGCAUUGCUCAUUGUGGGUUUGGACAGUUGCUUAAACAACUCCAGUUGCCAACAACGCUACAGUAAUUGUAUUUGUUUACAAGAACGCUUUGAUGCAGAAGCCAGAUGAAGGACUCGGCCAGCUGACCAGACCAUAAGACAGGGUCUGGUUGUGCCGCUAAGCUAUAUAAAACCUACGUAACCCCACGGGUAAUAUUGUAUGACCCUCGACCCGGUUAAGAUAAGCAUGAUUUUCAUUCAGUUGACAUACAACUUUGGAAGUUUCAGUGAUUCACAUCCACUGAGAUCCCGAGCGCAACAUACACACAUACCCACCAACAGCUACCAAGGAGCCCAAACCUAGUACUGAAGGCUAGUUUGCUAUAUCCACUAAGAGUGUCUCCACUCACGUAUGAGGCUGACUGCGGGCUCAUCAUAGCCCGUGUUGCUGGGAACGUUUUGUUCCAGGUAGCGAACACAUGAGGCUACGCCGGGCUGGGGGUCGCGGGUCGUAACAAGAGUAAUCAAACCUUUGUCAAUACUAUUUUGUAACAACUUCAAAAGCUAAAAAUCGGUCCUGGUUUAUCCAUUCAUAUAGUCUUUACAAUACGUUAUUUAUUCUGUUAUUAAUUUUUUCUCCUAAUAAUUUUAUGAACGAAAUAUAUGUGUUUGUUUCGUUCACGAAGAGGUCUAGCUCAGAGCUUUGAACAUUCGUCAUUACAGUGAGUGGCAACCAUUGUUUACAACCACAAAAACAAUGCUUUGUGAUCGACCGAGUGGUUGUGCUUCGAUUUUUAUACAUACAUACAUAUGUGGAGCAUAUAUACACUUGGUAACAUGCUCCGAGGAUAGAUACGUGGAGCAUACAUACAUUUGGUAAACAUAUUCCGGUGAUAGAUACAAGUAUACAUACACUUGGUGACACAAGCUCCGAGGAUACAUACUUGGAGUAUACAUACACUUGGAAAUCCAUGCUCCGAAUAUCCAAAUGUGGAGUUUAUAUAUACUUAGUUACACAUGCUCCCAGGAUACAUGUGAAGCAUGCUCCAAACACAGCAGCGGAGCAUACAUACGCUCUGCAAGAGAUAAAAAGCUCCAAAAGAUACACAUUUCCAGAGCAUGUAUACGUAAAUAUACCGGUGAUACAAGUUCCCGGGAUACAUAUACUUCUCGCUGUUGCCAAUGGUAAUACCAAAGAGUUUUCUCAUGUGUGAUAUAGUGGGCGAGAUGGGAGUCAGGUCAGCUGCAACUUGGGCAAUGAAGGUGUUAGCUGUGUGGCAAGACCGUGGAGCCAGUCAGGUCAGGGGUCAUUGGAAAGCCAGGUCAAAUUUGGGUCACGUUUAAGUCAGGAUUGGGUCAUGUUAAAGUCAGGUUUGGGUCACGUUAAAGUCAGUUUUGGGCCACGGUAAAGUUAGACACAGGUUUCAGUUACGGUAAAAUCAGUCAGGCUUGAGUUAAGAUAAAAUCAGUCAGGCUUGAGUUACGAUAAAAUCAGUCAGGCUUGAGUUAAGAUAAAGUCAGUCAGGCUUGAGUUACGAUAAAAUCAGUCAGGCUUGAGUUAAGAUAAAGUCAGUCAGGCUUGAGUUACGAUAAAAUCAGUCAGGCUUGAGUUAAGAUAAAGUCAGUCAGGCUUGAGUUACGGUAAAGUCAGUUUUGUCUUAGAAAUAGGCCAAGUUUAAGGAAAAGAAUUAGGUAGUUCCAAUUCCCACCGCGAUGUCGUGGACCAGAAGCCUAUUGGGCUUUUCGAGGCCGCUCCACCCCCCCCCCUCCUCCUAAACAAACGACUGCACUCUCCCAUGCUACAACCCACAACAGUUGAAUAACUCCCGGGUAUCUAUUUACUGCUAGGUGAGGAGAGGCAUCGGGUAAAAGGAAACAUGCCCAAAUAUCUCCGUACUGCCGGGGAUUCAAACCCUGGACCUGCCGGUUGUGAGCGGACUGCGCUCAUCAAAGCACAGCUGGAUUAAAUGGGCUAAAUUUGAACUUACAAUGAUCCAAGAUCAAGUUAUAUGAGCAAAACAAUUCAAAAUUAAAAAGAAAUUGUGAAAAUAUAUAUAUAUAUUUCUGGUAAAAAAUGACUUUAAUGGCAAUUUUAAAAAUAAAAAUGAAAGUAUAUGAUUUGCACAAAAUAUUAAAUAUAUAGAUUUGUUUUUCAGCGAUGGUAUUGAGACAUUCUCUGUAUUAUAUAAGAUAUCCCUGUUAUUCUUACCUUAAAAACAGAAGAUAUUGCGUCUAAUUAAAUAAUGCUAAAUGUAGACGAUAAUUCCGCAAGAAAAGGACGAAGUGUAAGAGGGGGCCUGACGACUGAGUGGACAGCGCUCGGGAUUUGUAGUCCUAAGGUUCAGGGUUCGAUCCCCGGCGGAGGCGGAAACAAUGGGCAUAGUUUCUCCCACCCUGUUUCACAUGUUCGCCUAGCAGUAAAUAGGUACCUGGGAGUUAGCCAGCUGCUACGGGCUGCUUCCUGGGUCUGUGUGUGUGUAGCAAAAAGGAGGCCAGGUCGAGGACCGGCCCGCGGUGACGCUAAGCCCCGAAACCACCUCAAGAUAGGCCACGGAAGAUUAUAGCGCCUUUGACGUGUUUCUGUCUCUACAAGAUUAUCUACAUCUCACCAGGAGCAGCUUCAAGUUGCUUUAUCGUCGGCACAAGUUUUAUAUCAAAACUUAUAUAUGUUUUUAAGAGUUUCUGAUUUGUUGUUGUUUUUUUACUGAUUAAUUCGUUGUCUUGCAAUUUUGCGAAGUCUGUCCAUGCCACAUAUGAGUUUGAGAUGAAAUAAAAUUAAGAUUUAGUUUUCUGGAAUGCUGACAUUUAUUCACUUCUCUAAUGAUAAUAUCGUAAUAUACAAGUUAAAAAUUUUAACGCUUCUAAAAUGUAAAUGUGACAUUAUGUUGUUACGCGAUGUUAUUGUUCGUGACGUCACAUUAGGGCGGCUUGGGCCCCAUUUUGUAUAAUUGUUGAUACGUGCAUCAGCGUCGUCAACAAUUAUUGUUGGUGGCUUUAAUAUAACAUUAAUUACAGUGAUUGGAACGAGUUCCCAUUACAGAGUUCAACGAGGGCGAGAGCAAAUUUGUGUUCCAGCUCCGAGAGACGAGUUUCCCCUCGCACGGUUUUCUUUUAUUGAAAUGCGUAGCUUUUUCUUCAAAAUUUAAGCUUUGGCAGCGAAGCUGUGAGUUUCAUAGUGGUCAAUGAACGGUGUAGACUGUAGUGAACACUGAUGACACAAUUUGCGUUUUAAGCUGCAUUUUUGGGGGGAUCUGAGCUUGGUCUAGUCAUUUCUGAGAGUAAUUGGAGUUUCCCGUACCUGAAUUUACCUAAGGGUCACCAUCGCUCUAGUGGCUUCGAUGAGGAUAGGAAGCCGGCGGCUUAUCAACGUUCCCCCUCCCCCCCCCACCUACUUUGUCUUUGAUACGUUCUGUACUCCGCUUUAAGGUUUCAUUUUGACAGCUAACUACUGUACUCGCAAAUGAAGAGGAACAUUAUUUGAGGCUAGGCUUGCCAGUGGUACAUUAGUUUUAGUUCAGUAUUGGAGAGGUGGUUAGAUAUGCCCGUGGGUAGGGGACUUUUAUAGGGUAGUUGGUGCCCCAGAUGACCCCCAAACUUGUCCCACUCCACUGUCUUGCCUCACAGCCUUCAUGUGCCCCACUGUACGGUCUCAAGAAUGUCGCGAACGGGAGACGCAUCAUACGGGGACAUUCAAUGAACUCUAAGCCACACUCGCUCCAUAAUCUUUAAUACGAACAAUGGCGGUUAAACCCACAGCAACUGUGGACAAUUACGCACCACCAAAAAUACAAACACUAGCGGAUGUGAGUGUUGACGACGAGUCAUCUCUUGGGAGUAUAAAGUGUCUCCCAAGUGUGUGUGUGUGUCUCUGGAGUGCGUCUCCCGAGUGCGACUCCUAGUUUAGCUACAGCCAUCAUACUCUAGAAUACGUGACCGGCGAGCAACAGACACCAGCCGCGGGGAACACACAGUCUAAGGCUCGCAUCUCCCUGUUCUUUUGCGAGGCAUUGAGCCUUAACUGCCCCCAGCAGCUCCUGUAUGGUGGUCGCCGGCCACCAAGCAUACCAUUAUUUACCCCCUGUGUAACUGACCAUCUUUCUCACCCUUCUUUAUAAGUACUCUUGAAUUCUGCUAAAAAAAAAAUAACUACUUACCUGUACAUUCUGAACAAGUUGUUUCCGUUGCUGAUAACGGGUGCGAACGUGGGGCGCCUCGUUGAUCAAUAUAUGGUCCGCGUUGCCUGGUCCAGUCCAUCAACUCGACCAGAUAACGUGAUCCUCUUAAUAGCUCAACAAUUCGCCUUACGGACGAGCUCAUUGAUAACCUGCCAAUUAUGCAAACAAUCAAUGAUUGUUUCAAUAAAAAAAGAAAUACUGUAAUCUACUGUCGUAGGUCUUAUCAGUUUUCUUUGUUAGAGAAGUGUACUCAUAUCUUUAAAGAAAACCACUCUGCCAGGCAGAAAGCCAUUAAUGUAAAGACGCCAAUGAAAUAAAUGACAUUGUUAAAGGUGAAGUCAUUAUCAAGAUUGGUAUGUGAUAUUAAAUAAACAAACUCA